AUGUCUUGACAGCGAACAUAAAAAGGACAUGUAGCUCAGCCAUUAGAAACGGCACCGUUUCACAGCGAGCCACUAAAUAUGCGAGUGAACGCUCGCUUUGCCGUUUCCUCAUAAAAACACUGGGCGGUAAUGGUUUGAUUUACCUUAGCGCACAACAUAUAUGUAGUUAAUUAGUCCAUUUUAAUGGCGUUUAAUGGCCACCAACGCGACGGCGACACUGUCGACGAAGACGAAACGCCCUCAAAACAGCCGCGUUCCAACAAGGAGAUGCCCGGUCAUUUCAGAAACGACCCCAAAAAUGAGGCUUCCGCUCCGGCUGGAAAGGCUACACCCGAGCGGCGGACGUCCAACUCGACGACGAGGCAUCGGAAAGACUCGGUUAAGAAGACGAGGCCGCCAUUUCCUUGGUUUGGGAUGGACAUUGGAGGAACUCUGGUGAAGCUUGUGUACUUUGAGCCCAAAGACAUCACCGCCGAGGAGGAGCAGGAAGAGGUGGAGAACCUGAAGAGCAUCCGCCGCUAUCUGACAUCCAACACGGCUUAUGGUAAAACCGGGAUCCGGGAUGUCCAUCUGGAGCUGCAGGACCUGACGCUGUGCGGCAGGAAAGGCAACCUGCACUUCAUCCGCUUCCCCACGCACGACCUCCCAGUUUUCUUGCAAAUGGGACGCAACAAGCACUUCUCCAGCCUCCACACCACCCUGUGUGCCACCGGAGGGGGGGCGUACAAGUUUGAGUCUGAUUUUCGGACGCAAACUGCCCUGAUUAUGAUGCCAUCUCUGUUUUCUCUCACCAAAACAAAUAAAACAAAGAUGGCGGACCUGCAGCUCCACAAGCUGGAUGAGCUGGACUGUUUGAUUCGGGGGGUGCUGUACAUUGACUCGGUGGUGUCCAGCGGGCCCUCAGAGUGCUACUACUUUGAAAACCCAACAGACCCCGACCGCUGCGUUCAGAGGCCCUACACGCUUGAGAAUCCUUAUCCUCUGCUGCUGGUCAACAUUGGCUCAGGGGUCAGUAUCCUGGCCGUUUACUCGGAGAACAACUACAAGCGAGUCACUGGGACCAGUCGCUCGUGUCUGACAUUGCGUGUCGUCGACAGCCUCGGUGGCGGGACCUUCCUCGGCCUGUGCUGCCUGCUUACUGGCUGCUCUACUUUCGAGGAAGCCCUAGAAAUGGCUUCUCAGGGGGAGAGCACCCGCGUGGACAAGCUGGUUCGGGACAUCUACGGAGGAGACUAUGAGAGGUUUGGGCUGCCGGGCUGGGCUGUGGCCUCAAGUUUUGGCAACAUGAUGUCGAAGGAGAAGAGGGAGUCCGUGUCUAAAGAGGACCUUGCCAGGGCAACGCUGGUCACCAUCACCAACAACAUCGGCUCCAUCACCAGAAUGUGCGCUCUCAACGAGAACAUUGAGAGAGUGGUGUUUGUUGGGAACUUCUUAAGAGUGAACACCCUGUCCAUGAAGCUGUUGGCCUACGCCAUGGAGUACUGGUCCAAAGGGCAGCUCAAAGCUCUGUUCCUCCGUCAUGAGGGCUACUUCGGUGCAGUCGGAGCCCUGUUGGAGCUUCUGCAUCCAUCUUAAUCCACCACAGCUCCAGCCGAAGAAGCAUCUGUCAAUCUGCUGCAAAGACCAGAAGCACUUUACACUGUUGGCAAUCAUUUUGAGGGUGGCACGUUGUUAAAACCACUAGCAUGUUACUGGUAAAUCGUAGAUGUAGUAGGCACAUAUAAAGUCCUGGUGUUUGGUUUGUAAAUUGGUAGUGGCCACCUCCAUAAGUUUUCUGAAGAGCUGCAUUUAUGGUUAGCUGAUGAAAGGCGCUGCUCUGUCUGAGGUAAUUUGCAGUAAACCAGACAAAGUUAGGGUUUGCAGGAACGGGUAUAUUUUGUCCAAAACAUCUUAAGGAAACGCCAAGGUUGCCUGAAAUACUUUACUUAUAAAGUAGUCGUCAGGUAGUCCUCUUGGAAGUCAUUACCCCACUGUGGGUAUGAGGUUAUGGGCCAAAUGUUGUUUAAAAUACUUGUGUUUACUUAACCAACCCUUGGUAUGAAGAUGGAAAGGAUUUUAUUUUAAUAGAACAUAACAUGCAGACGGAGGGACUAUUGUACGAUUGAAACCUUAAAUGAUUGCUUUUUUUUUAUUGAUUAAUCUAAUGAUGAUUAGGAGUUUGAGCACUAGGUAGGUCCUAAAGGAUACUAGCUGUGUCGUGAUAUGUAAUGUCAUUCAUUCUAAUUUAAAGUGCUCACCUGUGGGCCGAAGGCACUUCUUUUAAAAUACUCUUUCAGUCUUAAUUGUGAGCAAUCUGUUUCAACAUUGGUUGGGAGUUGCUAAUGCUAUCUUAAUAUUGGCAGCAAGUAUUUACCAAUAUUUUUUAUACUUUGAUCGAGGCGAUAACUGCAUUGUCUCACGUGAACUUCCAAUUCUUCUGAAGUGUUUAAACCCAGUUACUGUUUCCUGAGAAGCUCACCUAUUGAAGUGUCCCAAAGGCAGUCAUUCUACUCCUAAAGCCUGGCAUGAUGAUUAAGCAGACAUUGAGCGUGUACAACAGAAAAGCUAGGCCCUAUGGCACUAUAUUUUAUUACUCAGCGUUUUCCUCCAAUGGAGGGUUAAAAUGUGUAAACCAAAUCAGUUCUGUUUAUGGUCAGUAUGUAAUCUUGAUACCGAUAGCUUUCUCAUUAGCUUCUGUAUAGCUCAUCAAUCCUAGUUUAGUGUAAUCCCGUCUAUGUUCAGUCUAUUGAGGAUUACAGGGACCAGGACAUUAUAAACACGUUAAAUGACUUGAGUAAAUGGUUAGUAAUUGUUUACUAAUGGAUAUACUGUACCUGUAAACUGAAAAGUGCCUGUCAUGGUUUAUGUAGAAUGCAGCCUGAGUUUUAAAAUGAGUCCAAAUUAAUUUUCCAUGUUUCUUCUGUCGGCUUGCGCAUUGCAUAGGAAACUUUCUACUUGUUAAUGUAAUAUUUCUUAUUGAAUCCCCCUUUUUAAAUAUAAUCUUACAAAAUUUCCCCCCUUUAUUGUGUUUUAUGUUUUCAGAAUGUGUAGAGAACAGGAAAUACAUUUGGGAACAUGUCGGACGGAUGUAGCUAUGCUAGCCAAAUUGCUAUGCUAAUAGACCAUUUCUGACCUAUAAAUUAAGACUGCGCAACUAUUUCUACUACCAAUGUGAAGAUACUUUAUUAAUGACAGGUGUGAAGAAAGGUAUUUCACG